AUGGCUGCCUCGCUGUCCCAGGCGCAGGCAACUGCCGAGGAAGCGCGGCGUACUGCCGAGGCCGCCAUCGAAUCCCGGCGAGCUGCCGAGGCGAGGAUGGAGAAGGCGCUGCAUGCGCGGAAAGUUGCUGAGGCCCAGGCACAAUCCUCGGCAGAUGCGCAGCGAGCUGCGGAAGCCGCCGCAAGCGCUGCGGCGCAAGCGGCCGGCGAGGCAAGAGCCCGGGAGGAGGCCUGGGCCAAGGAGGCAGAGGCCAAGGCCGCGCGAGCCUCGACUGCCCGUGCAGAGAUGGCGACGGCCACGGCGGCACUUACCGCGCUGACGGAUGCCAACGUGGCCUUGCGCUGGAACCUGUUAGCAUCGCUGGGACAGCAGAAGGAGUUGUCAUUCCUUCUUCGAUGCCUCGUCACAGCAUCGACGGAAAUGCAGCGUCAGGCAACCAUGGAAGAGCAAUGGCGCCAGCUUGCGCAGAAGGUUCACAAGCGGCAACUGAUGGCUUUCCCACCGAUUGCCCGGGUUAUCGCGGAGGAGAAGUCGUCUUAUGCGGCCCUGGGAGACAAGUUUCAGGCAGAAGAAAUGUUGCACAUCCCGCCUAUUCUGAUCUCCUUGGUAAUUGUCCUCGGGUUGACCUAA